AUGUCAUUGAUCCUGACCAUUUCGUUUCCUGUUCGACAAGUAGCUUUUAAACCAAUUAAAGCUAUGAAUGAAUAUCGAAUAUACCGUCAGUGUACACAUGUGCAGACUGAUAGAAGUACUAAAAUCAAGCAAACCAAUAUGAUAAUUAAAUCUAUCUUCAUACAAAUUAUGUUUUGGUGGUCGCUAUCGACAAUGGUCGGCUGUAUCCCGGUGGAGGAACCAAGUGAACGACGGAUAACUAUAGACAGCGUUCCGCUCCCUGACAUUCCAAUGGCCAGCGAAGAGAGCGUUCACAUGCUAACGGCCGUCCGAUUCCCACCACCAGCGCUGUUCUUCGCAAAUCCUGACAAGAAAUGGUCACUGGACGAUUUCGAAAAAUCUGAUCAGGCCACCACAUACUCGGUCACUGACGAUAUGUCAGAAACGCAGGACCAACAAGACUCAUACCCACAACAGGACCUAGCCACCACCCUCGAACCAGAAACGCAAACAGAAGUCGAGACGACCACCAUAGGGGCCGCAGUCGGCGAAUUAGUAAAUAGACUACAACAAACGGCCAGUGACGGACACGUGGAAAGUUUGCGGCCGACUGGUGACGGACAUACGGAAAGUCAUCAGCCUAUCGGUGACGGACUCGUGGAAAGUUUGCGGCCGACUGGUGACGGACAUGCGGAAAGUCAUCAGCCUAUCGGUGACGGACUCGUGGAAAGUUUGCGGCCGACUGGUGACGGACAUGCGGAAAGUCAUCAGCAUACCAGUGACGGACUCGUGGAAAGUUUGCGUCCGACUGGUGACGGACAUACAGAAAGUCAUCAGCCUACCGGUGAUAAACUCGUGGAAAGUCUGCAACCCGCCCGCGACCGACUAUCGAGCAGUCGGCCGACCACCGUUGAUCGACUCAUCGUCACGUCAAAACAGCAACAGCUACCGGUGCAUAAUGCGAAACAACGGCCGGCAGACCGUUGGUCGGAAAAGCGAUGGACGACCUCCCGAGACCGAUUACGACGCCCUGUCGCAUCAGAAAACGACCGAUCGCCAAUCCGGACCAUCGUUUUAACCAGCCGACCGCUUCCGGUGCCCGGCGCCGAUGUCCGAUUUCCCGACGUCGAGUACGCGGUGGCUCGUCUUGGCGAGCGGAAGAACUUGCAUGAUUUCCACCGACAAUAGUACACAUACAGUAAUAAUAUUAAAUUUGCAAACCCGAUUACCACACAAUCGUAUUGUAAAGAGCUAACCACAGACUUUGCUGCAGGCCGACUUGAGUUACGCGUUACUGCAAUAAUAUUGUGCAGUGAGUUGGUAAUUCGAUGUAUGUUUAUUGUUUUUAAAUUAAU